AUGGACUUUAGUAAAGAAGAAGACAAAAUACAGAAAUACUGGGAAACGAUCAAGGCGUUUGAGCUGAGCAAUAAACUGAGCAAAGGAAAAAAGGAGUUUUCUUUUUAUGAUGGCCCUCCGUUUGCAACAGGACUACCGCACUACGGGCAUAUUUUAUCAGGCACCAUAAAAGACACCAUUACCCGAUUCUACUAUCAGCAGGAUUACCACGUAGAGAGAAGAUUCGGAUGGGACUGCCACGGGCUGCCAAUCGAGUACGAGAUAGACAAGAUAUACAACAUAAAGACAAAACAAGACGUUGAGAAGAUAGGAAUAAAGCAGUACAACCAGUACUGCAGAGAGAUAGUCAUGAAGUACUCCACGCAGUGGGAGGAAAUAGUCAACAGAAUGGGAAGAUGGAUCGACUUCAAAAACGACUACAAGACAAUGGACUUCAGCUUUAUGCAGAGUGUCUGGUGGGUGUUCAAGGAGCUGUACAGCAAAGGCCUGGUCUACAGGGGGUACAGAGUAAUGCCGUACUCAACGGCCUGCAGAACCCCAAUGAGCAACUUUGAAGCCAACCAAAACUACAAGACAACAACAGAUCUUACAGCAACUGUCAGAUUACCGCUUUUGGAAAAGAUAGAACUAAAUGGGAAAGAGUACAGCAAAGUCUCGUUUUUAGCGUGGACAACAACGCCCUGGACACUGCCUGGGAACUCAGCCCUGAUGGUUGGUGCUGAGAUGGAGUACGUGCUGAUAAAGGACAAAAUAGAAGAGGCGUACGUCAUAGCCAGCAAAAGCUACGCAAAAAAAGCAAAAAUAUUGGAGACAUUCAAGGGCUCCGAUAUUGUGGGAGCUCAGUAUGCCCCGCCGUUUAAAUACUUCGAAGAAAAAAGAAAGAGCGGGUAUUUCAGAACAUACGCAGCUGAUUUUGUCGUAGAAGGCGCAGGAACGGGAAUUGUCCACUGCGCGCCAGGGUUUGGAGAGGAAGACUACAACGCAUUCGUAACUAACGGGCUAAUCAAGGAAAAUGACGAAGUCAUAAGCCCCGUGGAUGACAGCGGUAAAUACACGGAAGAAGUGGCAGACUACGCAGGAAGAUACGUCAAAGACAAAGAACUAGAGAAAGAGCUCCUGGGACACCUGAAGAAGGAAGGAAUCUUGUACGAAACUACGUCAAUAGAUCACAGCUAUCCGUUCUGCUGGAGAUCAGACACACCGCUGCUGUACAAGGCAGUGCCCAGCUGGUUUGUGAAUGUGAAGGGGUCAGUGAAGGAUCUCAUCGAAAUGAACAAAAAAAUCAACUGGAGCCCAAAGUCUGUGGGAGAGGGAAAGUUUGAGCUCUGGCUCGAGAACGCAAGAGACUGGUCAAUAUCCAGGAAUAGAUACUGGGGCACGCCCAUCCCCAUCUGGAUACGCGAGGGCGCAGGGAACAACCUAACAGAGGAAGACAUAAUAUGUGUUGGAUCAGCUGAUGAGCUCUUUGAGCACUCAGGCGUAAGAGUGGCAGAUCUGCACAAAGAUGUGGUGGAUGCGAUAGUAAUAGAGAAGAAUGGAGUGAAGUACGUGAGAACAGAAGAAGUGCUGGACUGCUGGUUUGAAAGCGGAAGUAUGCCAUACGCACAGAAGCACUUCCCUUUUGAGAACGAGAAAAGGUUCCAGAUGACAUUCCCUGCUGAUUUUAUCGCAGAGGGCCUCGAUCAGACCAGAGGAUGGUUCUACACUCUCCACGUUCUUUCUGUUCUUCUGUACAAGUCGCCAGCCUUUAAGAACGUGAUGGUCACAGGGCUUGUGCUGGCAUCAGAUGGGAAGAAAAUGAGCAAAAGACUGAAGAACUACCCGGAUCCCAUGGAGGUGAUGAGCACGCAGGGAGCAGAUGCCAUGCGCAUGUACCUCAUCUCAUCGACAGCUGUGAAGGCUGAGAACCUUAAGUUCACAGACGCAGGAGUAACGGCUAUUUUAAGAGAGCUUUUGAUACCCUGGCAAAACUGCCUUAGGUUCCUCAAAGUCACAUCGAGCACGGGAUCGGCGGAUACCACGGGGUGCGAUGUUGAGGACAUUGCGCAGAGCGUGUCGGAGAUGGAGGUAAACAUAGAAAUAGACGAUGGGAUGCUUGAUCUGUGGAUUCUGCAGGAGUUUGAAGAGUUUUCGCACGCAAUACAGAAUGAAGGGCUCUCGUACAGGCUGCAGAACAUACUCCCGAAGGCAGUGGAGUUCAUGAGCGAUCUGAGCAGGUGGUACAUCAGGCUGAGCAGAGACAGGCUGAGAAACACCGAAAUGAAAGUGCUGAGGCACAUCCUUAAGGGCUUCUCUGUGGUGAUGGCGCCAUUUACGCCAUUCUUCAGUGAAGUGUGCUUCCAGGAGCUGUCGGGAGAUGACAGAGACUUCUACACAUGCAGUGUGCCAGAGAUGGCAGAGAGAAGAGGGUCUGAGUCGAGCUUGUCUGUGCACUUCCAGAUGUACAAGACGCAGAUUGAAAGCACAAAGGAGGAAAUACUGAAGCUGUCAAAACAGACAAAGAACACAUCGCUGGAGAAGAUCCUGAAGGACUUCAGAAAUUUGAAGAGCGUCAUAGAGACAGUCCGUGUUAUAAGAGACAAGAGCGGGAUAUCGCUGAAGAAGCCCCUGAAAGAGAUAGUUAUUGUGGGCAUGGAGGGAUCGUCUGUGAUCACUGACAUUAUGGAGAAAGAGUGCAAUGCGAUUAAGAUCAAAUACAAGAAAGAGAGCGAGUACGUGUGGAAGAAGGAGAUUGUGCCAGACUUCAAGAAGAUCAGCGCUCUCUUUGGAGGCUCAGAGGUGCAGAAGCGAUCAGCAGCGAUAAGGAAAACAGCAGACAACCAAGAGGCAAUAACAACACUCUUAGAGGAAGGAAAGGCGGUGUGCGAGGGCAUGGAAAUAACAAGAGAAGAAGUUAUCUACAGAAGAGAAGCAGUCAACCUACCGGAAACACAGAAGGGAGCCUCUGCGUCAGACCUUAUCUAUCUUAUUUUGGAAACAGAAAGAGACGAGGAGAUAGAAACCCUGUGGAUACGAAGGGAAGUGAAGAGCGCAGUGCAGAAGCUGCGAAAGAAGGCUGAGCUGUGCAUUGCAGACAAGGCCUCUCUUUAUGCCGUUGGAAUCGAUAGAUCAGAGAUUGUGUGCGAUGCAAAUACGCACAUAGUGAGUGCAGAGAUGCCAGAAGCAGUGAGCGAAACUCUCAAGCUAGGGAACAAAAAAAUCACUCUGUCGCUAGCUAAGACAAAGCCUCUGAAGGGAUGA